GUCAUUGAGGAGAAGAUGGAAGAAGCUUUGUAAAGAAACAUUUUACCCUCUCCAAGCAGAGGGGAGGAUGAAUACAAAGACUGGAGAAAACUCUGAAUGCCAGUUUUAUGUCUGGGCAAUUCUAGCCUUCUUGGGUUUAGCUCUGACUAUAUCGCUUAUCUUCAACAUUUCCCACUAUGUGGAAAAGCAGCGACAAGAUAAAACAUACACGUACUCCGAUGACCACUUUCCCAGGGAAAAUGAGUAUGACCUUGAAGACACACCAAUUUAUGGUAACUUAGAUAAUGUGGUCCCAGAACCAGUGGAUGAAAACUACUAUGAACAAAUGAAAGCCCGGCCAGAGAGAUCCGUGAACAAACUGCAAGAAGACGCCCCACCUUCACAGGAAACUGAAGUAAAGAUGUUCUAUGCCUCACUAGAUCACAGCUGUGAGGGGAAGCGCAGAAAGCACAAGAAACAGAAAACUUAUUUGUCAGACAAGGAUGAAGAUGGGCAGGUACAUGCAAUGGAUAUCAACCUUUCUAAGGCCACUUUGGUGGACAGUUUCCCACCAGAAAGCCAGGCAAUAGAGGAAAACAUUCAUGAUGAUCCCAUCAGGCUGUUUGGAUUGAUCCGUGCACAGAAAGAAACUGUAAACUAGCUGGACUAUGGAUCUAGCUCAGUGACCCAGCUCUUCCUGGAAGUGCUUGUUAAAGAAAUGAAGACCCCAUAUGACACAACAUGAUUUGUCAGGGUGAUGAGCUGAUUGUCUGUUGGUGCGAUGGUGGCUUACCUUUUAUACAGAGCUUAUGUUAUACACAGCAAAUGGAAUACCAUACAAAUUAGUUAUUUAAAUUAGUUAUUUGAAUUCACUUAAAAAAUACUGAUGUCAAAUGUAAACAAAAUCAAGUUUGCAAAUUGAUCCUGAUAACAAAAUCAUAACUUCAAAACAAUUAUUAAUACUCAGCGAAAUAAACCAAAAAAAAAAGGUUUUAAGCAUAAAUAUGUUCUGGAUCAUGUUGAAAGAGAAACAAAAGUCAAUGUUUUUUUUUUAAACAGUUCUCGUUUCUCAUCAAUGUGAAACAUCCCAUAAUUGGAAGAAAUUUCUGACUGAAAGGCAUGGGAGACAUUAAAACAUUUCUAAGAGAAGAGGGAUAAUCUUCUUAAGAAAUACUUUUCACAAAUGGAAAUAUCUUUAUUAUUUCUAAAAAUUAUUAUAAAAUUAAUGCAUAUUCCUUGUAACAAUAAACAGUAUCAAAAAGAAUUUAGAUAUUCUACUAGCCAGAGAUAAUUACUGUGAUCAACUUUCUAUAUAUUCUAGAUGUUUUUCUGGGCAUGACCAUAUAUAUACCCACAUAUAUGACCAUUAGUUGUUUUUUUAACCAAAAAAGAAAAAAGGGGAAUGAUUAUUUUAUACAUAUUAUUUAAACUUUUUUCACUUAACAAUAAUAUAUUAUAGAUUUAUUUCCACUGUCAUUUUAAACUGUAACUAACUACAGUUAUAAUUUUAAUGCCUGCAUAGCAUUUCAUUGAUUAUACCAAAACUCAUUUAAAUAAUUCUGAAGUACAUUUAGCUCAUUUCCAAUCUCUGGUUUUUUGCUUUUACAAAUAACAUUGUAAUGAGAAUGCAUCUCAGCACAUAGUUGGUACUUGUCUGACUUCUCCUUGAGGCUAAAUGUCUAGGGAAAGAAUUGCUGCUUUAAAAGGUGUGCAUUCUGUAAGUCUCUACAGAAUAUGUUUCUGAAAGACCAAGAGUUCGGUCAAAGUGUGUGUCCUAUUUAAACUCAUAAGUGCUCUUAAAUUGCCCUCCAAAAAAAAAUAAAAAAAAAAAAACUUUCUAUCUCUCUCCAUUUGGAGUAGGCGUUUAAUUCGGUCUCAAAUCAUCACUGACCAAGAAAAUUGUACAUGACGGCUAUCAGUCCUGCCCUCUGACCAGAGCUUAGUCACGCUUUCUUCAAUUGUUUGUGGAACUCCUGAGGCAGUUUAUGUACUAAGUUAUACAAUGAUGAGGGAAACUGAGACUCUGCACCUGUUGAACUACAGGCUAGGAGAAAAGAUGAGUAACAGGUUAACAAAGAAAAGUGUAGCUACUAGUAAGAAAAAUACUAUUAAGAAAACAGAAGAAAGAGAUAAUGGAGAGAGGGCAUCUCUGAAGAAGAAAUUUUAAUUCUGAGAACUGAACAAUGAGAAGAAGCCACCCAAGUAAAGAGAGGAAGGAAGAGCACAUUUUGUGGAAGAAUUCUAUCUAUAUUUGGAAGUGCCUACUUCUGUCAAUAAUUAUUUUCCAUUAUGAAUCUGUAGAAAAUUAAAUGCUGAUGAUGAAGUAAAAUAUUUUAAGUUGUCCACAAUGCCAUAGGAAAGACAAAAAUACUAAUAUUUAAGCACAGAAGGAAUCAGGUUUCUGAUUCCAGAGAAGAGCCAAGAAAAACCCACAACAAAUAAAGUUAAUAAUUACAUACUGACUUUAAGUUUUUAUGUUUAAUUUAAAAUAAAAUCUUUGCUAUCA